AUGGGUGAUUUCAACAAUGUUUUGAGAGUUACAGAUCGUGUGGGUGGUAGAGAGGUGACUGCAUCUGAAUAUGAAGACCUAGUUACCAUGAUGGAUAAUCUUGAACUGUUUGAAAAAGAAAGCCAGGGGGACCAUUUUACUUGGAACAACAAGCAAUCAAAUGGGAUGAUAUACUCUAGAAUCGACAGGGUUCUUGGGAACAUACACUGGCAGCAACGUAACAUUGACACUACCUUAUAUAUCAUGGAACCGGGUGUAUCUGACCAUUCUUUAUUAUGCCUCAAAGACAACAUACAAACCAGUCCCUUUAAAAGACAAUUUAAAUUUCCCAAUGUGGUAACCCAGACUGAGGGGUUUCUUGCUGCGGUUAAGGCCAACUGGGACUUACCUAUGGAAGGUGGAGCAAUAAAUCUUUGCAAACCUUUUAAGGGCAUCCAGGGUCAAAUUGAGGAAGCUCGGGAUGAGUUACAAAGUGCUCAAGUUGAAUUGCAAAUGGACAGAUUGAAUGGCUCAAAGGCAGAAAAAGUGAAGAACCUUACUGAGAAGGUGAUUCAUUUGAACAAUAUUGAGGAGAAAAUGUUAGCCCAGCGUGCAAAAAUAAACUGGAUUAGAUUGGGAGAUGGGAAUAAUAGGUUCUUUCAUGCCACUCUUAAAGGAAAGAACAAGCAGACUAGGAUACAGUCCUUGCAAACUGGAUCAGAUGAUAUUGUAACUGACCAGCAGAGUAUUAAGGAGGAAGUCAUACAAUUCUACAAAAAUCUUGUAGGCACACCUGCUAGUGAUCUUACUGGCAUAGAUAUUGAAGCAAUGAGAAGGGGUCCCCAACUUAAUAGAGAUCAAAUGGAACAGCUCACUGUCCUUGUCACUGAUGAGGAAAUAUACCAGUGCCUAAUGACCAUGAAGGACCAAACAGCCCCGGGUGGAGAUGGCUAUAAUGCCAAGUUCUACAAGGUAGCUUGGGACAUUAUAAAAGCUGAUGUUUGCCAAGCUGUUCGAGAAUUCUUUGAGAAGGAGAAAAUUGGCCAAGAGAGGUCUCAGGCAAGGAGACCCUCUCUCACCUAUGCUCUUUGUCUUGGUGAUGGAUUACUGCAUCGGGUCUUACAGAAACUGAAGGAUAAUCCCAACUUUAAGUUCCACUCAAAGUGUAAGAAGCUGGGCAUUAUCAACCAUAGCUUUGCAGACGACCUGCUUCUCUUUGUCAAAGCAGAGACCACUUCUGUUAGCCUCUUGAUGGAAAACUUCAAAAAUUUCUCUUCCUCUACAGGCCUUACAGCUAAUAUGCAAAAGUGUAUGAUCUAUUAUGGCAAUGUGGCGCAAGUUUCCAAGAACACUCUUUCUCAAAUAACCAACUUUAAGGAAGGGACCCUACCAUUCAGAUAUCUUGGCAUCCCACUAUCUAGUAAAAAGUUAUCUGUUGUAAACUGUAUGGUGAUGGUUGAGAAGAUGACUGGGAAAGUUAGGAAUUGGACUAAUAGCCUGUUGAGCUUUGCAGGAAGACUGCAACUUGUAAAGAGUGUGCUGUUCGCGAUUACGAACUAUUGGUUCCAUUGUGUCCCAUUGCCCAUGAAAGUGAUUCAAUCUGCUGAAGCUGUUUGCAGAUCAUUUCUUUGGUCUGGUAGUGACAAGAUAACCAGGAAACAUCCUGUAUCUUGGGGGCAAACUUGUAACCCGAGAAAAGUUGGAGGGCUGAACAUAAUUGACCUAAAGAUUUGGAGGAAAGCGAGCUUGUUGAAAAUGCUUUGGAACCAUAGUGGCAAAUCGGAUAGCUUGUGGAUAAAGUGGAUACACUGCUAUUAUGUCAAGAGUUUGACCAUCAUGACUGUCCCUGUCAAAGCCUCUUGUUCAUGGAUCCUAAAAACAAUCCUGAACCAAAGGCAAGCUGCAAUGGACCUGCCCUGUUGGAACUCUAUGAUGCUGCACCCUAAAUUUAGCACCAGAAUUGUCUACCAUGAACUGUUGCAAGAUCUUCCCGUGGUUCAGUGGCAAAACUUAGUCUACAAAAACCUAGCUAGACCAAAAGCUCAGUUCAUCUUGUGGAUUGCGUGUAACAACAGACUCCCCUGCAAAGAACGUCUCCAUCAUUUUGGCCUCCUAAACAGCAACGAAUGCACUUUCUGCAAUGAGAUAGAAACUUUGAAUCACCUAAUGUUUGAAUGCAGAAUUACUCGUGAGAUCUGGACUUAUAUUCUCUCUUGGAUGCAGCUGGUACAUACACCACUUAGGUGGGAUGAGGAAAUUCAGUGGGUUAUGAAGAAGAGCAAAGGAAAAGGUAGUAAAGCAUCAAUCCUGAAGUGUGCGUUUACUGAAACAAUUUAUGAAACUUGGCUGUUCCGAAAUAGGUGUUGUUUUGGACGAUCUAAGGUGAGUGACAAUGGUAGCAUAGGACCGAAAAUUAUCGAUCAUAUUGUUUAUAGGAGCUGGCUGAAUCAUAAACUUAGGCACUAUGUUGCUAAGUUAAUGAUGCCAUAG